GCGUUUACUACUGCGCCGCACCUAGUAGAGUUCUUGCUCGCAAGCGGUAGGAGCGAAGCCACUUUGAUGGAGGAGCUUGUUCGCAAAGAUAUGAAACGGUGGGACCGAGACCACAAUUGCUAGACUACAUCGGUUUCAGAUACCUACUAGUCCAAGAACAGCAGAACGAGCGACUUUAUAAUGCUACGAGGAAAUAAACGAGGGACACAACCACAAACGAAGCACUCGAGCGACAAAGUUGCCCACAACUGAUGAUCGGUGAGUUUAGUGUUGCAGUUGCUUGUAAUUCCUAAUAAUGGAUGCUAUUAGGGCGAACUCGAGCCUUGACAGUGACAGCGUAGUACAAGCUGAUUGUGCAUUCUGUCGACAAUUUUGUCAUGCAGGAAACAAGGUGCUAGAAAAGCAAAAGAAGAAGGUCUCCCUAUUAGAGUAGUUGGAGAUCGGAAACUACAAAACUAUACAUAGAGAAGAUUCCUCUCUUCACACUAGACGUGAGGCAGUUCUUGGUUUGGUGAAAACGUAAGAUUUAUACCUACCCUCGAUUCUCUGUAGCCAAAAUUUUAGAAAGGCAACCCCACUAGCAUUAAGUAUUGAAAUUGAUUUUUUAGGCGUUUACGUCGAUGUCUGUUCUUGUCUGUACAGUAUUCGUGUUGGCGGAGCAUCAAAAUAGCAUCUUGGUUCUGCCUCAAAGGUAAUGAGACAGACGCACGAGCAAGGUUAGCGUCGUCUGUUGUGUAGCUUCCAUUGUUUUUUUUUCAUUUUUUUCCAAGUAGGACCAUCUACAUUUGGUCAGACAUCGGCGCUUUUUGGUCUACAACCUAGAAGUUCUUGAAGGUGUCCACUUCUAUCCUUUUUGGCUCUGACAUUCAUUCCUCAUCAACAUGGCCUGCGUCCUCCCUCUCUUCCUGAUCGGGGAAGAGGACGGCGUUUUGCCCAAGAUGCAGAUCCCGAAGGAAGACAGCCGUGCGUUGGGCGCCAUCCUGGUCGUCCUGGCGCAAGCGAUCGUCAAUCUCUGGAUUUUCUCGGUGUGGACCUGGCGGUUUAACAAGCAAACGCCCUUCCGCGCCCGGAAUUCGCAGUCCCUGCUGCAAGAAUUUCAAUUAUGCAUUGCAAAAGUAUCGUACUCGUAUAAAUACAUUACAAAUUUCCUCAGCAUGAGAAAUAAAAUUUGUAAUGCUGAUGCACCUUAAGAAAAACGUUUGUAAUGCAUGAUCGCAAUACGAGUGCGAUAGUACUUUUGCCCAGGAUAUCAAUCCUACGGCUACGAUUUGGAGGUCAUGAAAUGGACGGGCUUCGUGAAACUCUUCUGCGCGAUAUGACGGUGCACAAGAACUACUCCCCCUCCGCCUCAUUUGUAUAAUUACGUAAACAGCAAUACUGAUGCAAACACCCGCACAUCAUGUGGAGCCUGCGCAUGACAAGUUCAUCUUCUUCUGCCUCGUGUAGAAGUACUACUGGGCUACUUCCGGAAUCUGUCAUGCAAACAGUGCCUUGCAUAUUGGUGUUUUAUUGCAGGACAAAUGAGGCAAAGGGGGGGCUGUGCGCUUUCAUACGCGACGCUCCUCCCCAUCGCGAUCAUGAACCCGGAGUACCCCUUAUGCAAUGUAAAUUUCCUGUACAUGUACAAAAUGCAUGACAAAUUUCGCUAACUUGCAGUGUCCAACUUGUCAUGCUAGACUAGGACUGAAGGCAACUUUUGUCAUGCAGAGACUGCAUUUGUACGUGUACGGGAAAUUUACUGUGGAUACCCCUGGCUCCUGAUUUUCUCGUCCGGGGUCCUGUUUCUCCUGAUGGUGAUCGCGAUCGUGUCGCACGUGCGUGUGAAAGAUCCCUGGGUCAAAAACGUACCGGCGUUGGUCAUGGCCGUGCUGUCCCUGGCCAGCCUGUUGGGUUUAAAGGAAAACUGCGUCUACAUGCCGGACUACGCGGAAGAUUUCUCAUCUUCGUCCGCAGUUUCGUCUACAACUUCAUCUGCAGGGACAGCAACAACGACUUUCAAUUUGGCUAGUACUUCGAGCGGGACCACGAUAUUAACAUCUUCAGCCCCAACAUUGAUGAAGCAUAUGCAACUGACGCAAGGACGAGGAGGACCAAGUGCUGGUGCUGCAACUACUAGCCAGGCGUUGGCCGCUUCUUUACCUGCUCCAGGGGGUGUAUUAUUCACAACGAGCGACGUGGUGGUACCUCCAGCUCCAGGUGACAAUGUAGCAGUUGUACAGCAACAUGUUUUUCAACACAACGAGGACUUUCUGAACCGGCUGGUGUCCCAGGACGGCAGACUGGUAAUCGGCUUAACACUGUUGCUACUGGACUUCGCGAUGCUGUUCUAUGCGAAGUUUGUGGGACGGAAGUACGCACAGGUACCGAAGUAUGGAAGCGUCAGGAUUGAAAUUGUCAAAGUUGAGAUAACUUGUAAUGCAUAAAAUCGAUACCAGUUGGAAGCCCAAUUUUCAAGCGGUGCAUGACAAAUUUUCCGAGCACCGGAAUCCAAUUUGUCAUGCUGUUUGGGCACAGACGCCUGCUUUUGUCAUGCUACUUUAGCAGCUCUAAUAUUUCAAACACUAAGCAGGCUGCCAGUCGGCCUCACUUGCCAUUCCAGCAAGACAGGCAUUUUAUGCCUUGCAUUUUAUGCAUGGCAAAUCAUUUCAACUUUGCCGAUUUCAAACCUGACGCUUCCAUACGAACUCGCCGGACAACCCGUUCUUUGCCCUCGUGGAAAGUAACAGCAGAGUCUGAGGCGAUUUUAUGGACGACGGCGAAGCAGGCAGGCGAGAGGUCGUGGACGAAGACGAGCAAAAAGGGGUCCAGUUUAUUUUUAUGACGAGGACGCAAAUGUUGCUCUUGACGAAGCUUGAGUUACCAUACCGAGGCGAAAAGUUUUCCUUUCGCACUUCAUUUUGGAAAGUGAAUCAGUGUGGUUGUGUAGGAGAAGGGACCUGUAUAGUACUUACUAACGCGAGCAAAUCAUGCAGGUCAACAACAACAUGGUCAACAAUGAAAAAAAUAGAAAUUUUUGUGUGCAGAUGAAGAAGAAGAAUACAGUUUCACAGGAAAUAAAUAAGGCCCGAGAGAACUGAAUCAGAUCAGUGCAGUGACUUCAAUUCUCCGCCGGAAAAGUGUAUUUCUAUUUUCCGGAUUGAAACAAGAAUAAUAAAGAAUAAGAACAUAUAGAAGAUGAAGUCAGUUAGAGUAUAAUGUCUGUCACGAGUGCAAUCUUUAUUAUUAUUUCGGCAUCCAGAGGGCCAUGCCUAAGUGUAGUACGGGUUUGUUCUGUAGUUGCGCU